AUGGCGACAAACCCGAACCUAAUGCGGGCGAGCAGUCAAGGUUCGACUGGGUCAGCAAUCCCUCAGAGCUUAGGUGGUGGAAUGCAACAAAGACGGUACUCGCGAUAUUCUAAAAAGCAGGAGCGACCGUAUCCCAAAGGCGACAUCACCGUCGAUAUACAACGAAGGGCACAGGAAUUACUGCGAGAAGCGGCGCAGAGAUAUGAAGGCUUCAAUGCGGGAAAUCUCGAGAUAAUAGCCGUUUCCUUCGAACACAAGACAUUCCAGGAAUCCGCAAACAGCACUGACUACAUCAAAAAAAUAAAGCACAAGCUCACGGAAUGGCACUACCAAGAUACUGCAAACCCACCCCCUGCUCCCCUCAAAGAUGCAAAGUCCUCUCCCGGUGCUCCAAAGAAAGGAUCGGAUUCAUCGAGCGGUCCCGUGAAGAUUACGAAUCAGAGACCACCUUCACGGGAGAAGUCGAAACAACAGCAAGGCCAGCAGCAGCCGCAAUCGGUUCUCAACUCGGCUUUCAAAUCUGGUGGCUCGCCGAGUAUGGCAAAUGCGACACAGCCAGCCGCCGGCUCUCCAAAUUUCAACUUCGCACCGGCUAGCCCUGGUGGCGGUGCCAAUAAUCAACCUACUACUCCCCCUUUCGCACCGUUUUCUCCAACUAUCAGUCCGUCCGGGGAGUUCGUCGGUCUUACCCAUGCUUCUCUUCUGGACUCGUUGGAUCUAAAUGAUCCCAAUAUUCGGCAACAAUGGAUCAAUGCCCUUCGGGACAGCAUAUUCGCCGACAUCAGAGAGAGUAUUUACGCCGAAGUUUACACAACGCUCGGGCCAAACUCUGGUUCCGGAAUGCCACCUCUAUUGAACAGCCCAACCCGGAACGGCGGUAUGGAUUUCUCCAUGAUGGAGGUCGACCAUAACCAGCACAAUCAUGCCAGUAACGGCUCCGGACAGGCUAAUGGUAACGCGAAUGGCGGAUACGGAAUGGAUGGACAUACGAGCUGGUAUACAAGUUUUACUCCGCACCCCGCCGCAGUGGGGAAUCCCUCGGCUGGCGGUGGAUUAUAUCAACCAAUUGGGACAGAUGCGCAGUCAUUUAAUCAACAUAUGGUUGGGAAUUGGUACAAUCACCAAUAA